GUGGUUAAGGCACAUGCUGGGGAACAGUUUUGCGCUGGGCACUGCUCAGACCAGUCACAAAUCAGGCCUGUAUGGUUCAGAUCUGAUGGUCAGGAGGGACCGGAGGCUGAGCUGCUGCCUAGCACAGACCAGAGAAUUCCACCACGUCACCCUGCACGGAGCCCAUGGCUUGAGUCUGGCUAAAGCGUCACUUCCAGAAAGGCUGGAGAGCUACUGGCCCGGGUCAGGGUGGGGGCUGCAGUUGCACUGACCCAGUGGGAAUUCUGUGCAGGACCUUGAAUUCCAGGUGCUCCCCGGUGCAGGGGGAGCAUAACAACAUGGCUAGCCCCCAUUGGAGGGAGCAGCAUGGGCCAGGGAGCCCUCGCCUUCCUCCUCCCCAGGGUAACUGUUCUUGUGCUCAGGCCAGGGGAAGGGCGGCGACCGAGACCAGGGUGAGUGGUUGAAGGGAUGGGAGACUCAUUACGCUCCCCUUUCUGCUACAGUACCUGGUCAGGAGCCAGACCCCACCGGGCUCUCUGUGCCUCAGUUUCCCCACAGGUUGGCCAUUUUGCAGAUGGGGCUAAAGCUGCUGCUGCUGUUUGUAAAACGCUGUGGUGGGAGGGAGGCAAGGUGGACUGUUGCAAAGAGAGAAUGACAUGUGGAGGAAGUAACACUUAAAGCUUGUGGUCCAAGGGAGCUGCAGCUAUGUAGAUUUGACUGUCGUCUCAGUACCUUCUUCAGCCGCGGGCGACGGGGAAAGCAAAGCUCCCAGGAGACAAAUCCCCCCUGCUGCGAGAGCAUGGGCUGGGGCCGUGCUUGGGUCCCCUUGCUUGCUCUCCUGGCUCCCCUUGCUUGCUCUCCUGGCUCUAGCUCUCCAAGCCCCAGGCUCUGUUUCUCAGAUCCUGGAUUAACCCAAGCACCGACUCCCCGCCACCUGGUGAAUGGGACUCUGGGAGGAUCGGUGGUGCUGUCUGUGGAUCUAUCCCCUGGGAAAAAGGUGAAAGAAAUCGAGUGGAGCUUUAGUGCUGGGACAGGUGUGACGAUCCAGUUGGCUGAGUUCAAUGGGGGGAAUUUUGAGCGACCGGAUCCCAGUGACAGAUUUCAGCAGAGGCUAGAAAUGUACAACGAGACCUCGCUGAGAAUCAAGGCUCUGGAGCUGGGCGAUAGCGGAGUUUAUGAGGCCCGGGUUAAGAUCGUACCAGCAACUGUGGAGGAUCAGGCCUUUCUUCUCUUGGUCUAUGAGCCAGUGCCAGAGCCCCGGAUCCGGAGUCAGCUGCUCGCCAGCACGCUGGAGGGGUGCAACAUCACACUGCAAUGCCAGGACACGGGGAAGGGAAAUGUGAGCAUCACCUGGGGGAAAGGGAACCCGGUCCAAGAGCUGGAUCCCGGUCGGCACCAGCUCUCCCCUGAUGGCAGGAUGCUCCAGCUGUCUCUGCUGCCCAGCUCCCUGAAUGCCACCUACACCUGCACGGUCAGCAACCCCGUGGAUCAGAAGAUCGUCUCCUUUGACCUGCAAAGCAUCUGCCACAGUGGAGAUGCAGACGCGUCCUUCUCGAAGCCAGGGUACAUUGUGCUGACUUUCUUCCUGUUAGUGCUAAGCCUUGGGACUGCUGUCUGGUGUUGGCGGAUGAACAAUGAGAAGUCAGCUGACCCAGCUGCCACCCACACGGGCCCAGUGGAAGAAAGUCCGUCGGACCCACAGUACUCUGAGAUCUUGAGGAGUCCCCCAGAAGGUAAUGACCAGGCCCUUCGUCAUCUGGAAAAUAACACAGAGCGGAGCCCACAGAAAGAGCCUUUAACCACUAUCUACGACCUGCUCCAAAGGACCCCCGAGAAUACAUCCGAGGAGGUCACAUAGGCCCCCAGGAACCAGAUGUGGUGGCGUAUCAGAGCUUACCAAGGGCUUUGAAGUGCACCGUGUGCCCCACUCAAACUCUGUAGCUGAACGGUCUCAGUUCCACCCACAAACCCGAAUGGAAGACGACACCUUCUCCAGCUCCGGAGCCCACCUUGUGACGCUUUCCCACCCCCUGUGUUGUUUCGGAACCUCGUGUGUGAAGCCCUCAGCAACUGUUUUGGGAAGGAGGAACCCGAGUGAAGGUGAAGGAGCAGACUCUGGGAGGGAACAGGAGCCCAUGUUUCCAUGGUUGGUGCACUGUCCUCCAGCAGGAGCAGAAUCCCGUCAUCCACUGCGGAGCCGGAGUGUGGUGAGAGGGAACGUGCCACGGUACAGAAUGGCCCAUGCCGAGAAGGAAACCGCUCACGUCUGAGCCUGGCCCGCUAGCUGCAUGACUGUGGAGAAGCAACAUCGGAAAAUGGGCUCCCCCAGGAUGGAGACAUCCUUCUGGCUGUGGGCUGGGAGGGACUUGGAUGCACCAUGUAUUUAUUUAUCUAUUCCGUUUGAUAAUGCUAGCCCUGCAGGGUCGAUGUACAUGUGACUGAGACAUUGGAUCCGGGGGCCUGUUCUCUUUGUGAUCCUUGGAGGAAGGGAAGUUUUCUAAAGUAGAAAUAGGAACAGAUGGUGCUGUGCCUUGCGGGGAGGGGAACUAUAGGUGAGGGAGAGGAAGAUAGGAGGGUGUCUGAAUUAGUGACUGACUGAGGGUACUGGGGAUUGACUGAGUAAAGGGCAGUCAGAUUGGGGUUUGCCACAAAACAUUCUGGAUCCCAUCGGAGAAAUAAAAGCAAAAUCUCCUUGCGUGCCAGAUACUGGAAGGCAGAAAGGCACAGGGGCAAAGCUACACGUGGCUGGCAGAAAAGAAGCACAGAAUAUCAAGCUCGCAGCAGGCUCUUCCCAGGGCUAUUCUGACGGAGACUGGGGUGGGAAGGUGUUGAGGAAGAUCCGGGGAGCUGAGGGUGACUUGGCAGAAGUGAUAUUAAUGAGGGACAAACUGACCAGGUUAAAGGGUCAGGGCUAGAUUCCGCCGCUCUCGCCUUCACCUGCUGGGAUCACUAGGAUUGCUCGGAGCAAGGUGCCACUGAAAGUGAGCCAGGGUGGAAGAACCUGGCCGUGGGGAAGGCCCUGAAGCUCAGGCUGAGGGGCACAAGCUGCAGGGCAGAGCUGAGCCCCGCCACGAGCAACCUCAAGAAAGAAUCGGAGUCGGGAGUCUGGUUCCAGCCCUUCCUGCCCCCCCGAACAAUUCAAUAAGUUACUGCAGUCACUGAAAGGGAGCAUGUGUCCGCUUGCUUAUAGGGGUAAUGCCUAUGGAGGGGCAACCCGAGAUUUGGAAGGUCUUACUCUUCCCCCUUACACCCUUACUUGGCCAAGGAAGAGAACGACACAGUCUAGCAGCUGGGAAUUACCGGGAGGGACAAUGAGCGUGUCUCAUAUUGGCCUGAAGAUGCUACACACGAUGGUGGUUCCCUGUAGAGGUGAAUGGCAGAGGUGUGAGUGUUAAUGAGGGGUAGCUAGCCCCAUGGUGUUCUGUUACUGGGAGCCUGGCCUUGCUGUUACUACAUCAAAGGGGCUAAUUGUGAUUUUGCAUCUGUACCACCCCCCUGCUGUUUAUAGCACUCACACCAUGGAAACCAUCUCCGAGAGCUACUAAGCAACCCUCAAGCAUUAAAGGACCUGGAAGACCAGCACAAAAUGGCCCUGUGUUCCAGGAAAGUUCCCCUUUAAGUUCAGAGAAGCUCUUCAGAGGGGAAAUCAUCAAAAGCCCAAAAAUCUUUCAGGGGCUGGGGGGGGGGAAGAAAAGAAAAUCUGCUGCUGGAUUUGGUUGGGCAGCUGGGAUCAGCAUUGUUCCGCUCUCUAGUGACACAUGCAAGACGGGGAGAGUUGGGCAGCCCGCGGUGAUCCCGGACCCACCUCCCAUGCACUAACUGGGAAAAGCUCUGGCGGGGGAAGGCAGCGUGGGUCUAGAGCUUGGAGGAUCGCCAUGCUUCCUUUCUCUUGUCUGUCCUGUCUAUUGACACUGGGGAUUGACUGUCUCUGUGUCUAGCAGAGCCUAGGCCCUCAUCUCAGUGGGCGGCUCCAGGCCUUCUUGUAAUAUAACUGAGAACAGAGCAGGCGCCUCUCCUGGGAAACCCGAUGGUGGUUUGUGUGUGUGUGAAGAAGUAGCCCUCUCCACUGAAGUGUUUCCAAGUCUGCUUUUGCCCUGGCUUCAGUCCCCGGUUAGAUUAGUCUGUCCAAUAAAGCAUCGGAUGAUUUGUGCUAUUUUCUUGCAAAUAUAAGGAAAUGUAUGCAAAUUUA